ACAAUCAGCAUCUUUCAAAAUAUGUAAACAAAAACAAUUGUGAAUCCGGAUUGUUGUUGAGGAACUUGAGACUACCAGAGCUGAGCUGAGGUAGCCUGCCCUGAGGUGAGGAGCGUCCUGUUGUGAGAAGGUGAGCUGUUUACCACUCACCCACCUGUUCUUCUAGUUUGUUUCAAAUGCAGCACUCCUUGAUGGUGUGACCGUACCUUUUGCAGUAAGUGCAAAACUUAAUUGGAUCCAAUGGUUUACCUGGUUCACUUGCCCUACCAGGUGGAUCAUUGAAUGACUCUGGGACAACGGAAAAGUUAGGUGGUUGGGAGGCGCCAGACACCGUUACCUUACCGCUGUUCUGGCCAUGAGAUUGAGGAGCAUGGAUAGCCUUUUUGUACACAUCUGGACCUCUCUGCUUCGAUCUGAAAUGGUAUUCAUUGUGAGAUAAACAGUAGUUCUCGGCGAGGCUGGCUGCAUUGUUUACAUCAGUUACCUCUCUCUCCUGAAUAUACAAUUAAAUAUGCAAAGGAACUUGUCUGAGAACUUCUUCAAGCAGUAUCAGUUGUCCUAAUGCUUCAAAAGUGGUGGCAUUGCUAGCUCGGAGCCAUCUUGCAUCUGCAGUAUAGAUGUCCUUGAAUGGGAAGGAGCAAGAGUUACAGUGUGUGUUGAGUUGGUUUACUAAUUGGGAAGACCAACAGAAAGAGCAGUUCCUUACUGUGUUAGUAGAGAAAGCUGUGCCCCCUGACAUAGAUCAGCUCUUUCAGGGUCUGAAUCAGCUUAAUCUCAACAGUAGCUGCCAGUCAGUGCUCCAGUGCCAGCUACAUCUAUUUUCUCAGUGGUUUGAUACUUGGACAUGUCAACAACGCAAUCUUCUCCUUUUCACCCUGCAGCUUGUGGACCCCAGAUUUGUUGAUAAAUUCCACACCAUUGUGGAUCAGAAAUAUUCGACAGGAAAUUAGCCUCAUAUAGUAAUCGUAGAAUAUUGUUUGGCAAUGAAAUAGGAAUAAAUUUUAACCAAUACUAUAUUGAAUUCUGCAAUCUUCAAUUUUUGGGAAAAUCACUACCCCUGACAAGUAUUGAAUCAGCCAUUAUGCCACAACAACAUACAGCAGUUGACCAAGUGAACUUCCUUGGCCAGUGGUUUGUCACUUGGUCUGAAAUGCAAAGAGAAGAUUUCCUCCCAAUUCUAGUACAGGCUUAUUAUCCUAAAGACCACAUCAAUGGACUGCUUGGGGGAAUUGAUUCUUUACAUAUUCAGGGCAGAAGACCAUCCCUCUUUGAUUGUCAGGUCAAGUUGUUCCAUGAUUGGUUUAGUACUUGGACUGAAAAUGAUCGAAGCCAUCUUCUUCAGCAUCUACGUGAGGUUGAUGUUGAAUUUAUGUCACAGUUUGAUAAGAAGAUUAGCGGUGAGCUUUCUCAGGAAGAUAUACCAUCUCAGGCUGAAUGUGGAGAAGAAGGCCAGAAUCCACCCAGUUCAGUCAGUUCUCCUCCUAGUACACUUCCCCGCUCCCACAGUCCUCAUGAUUCAGGGCUAGAUGAACCCCCAAGUGACAGUGAUCACACUGAGCCACACAGCUUAGACUUAUACCAUGAUGCUGAGGGCAUGGCUUCAUCCAGUUCUCUGCCAAUGAAUGAUGCGCCAUCGUCUUUAUCUUCUGCAACAAAAUAUAUUGCAAAUCCUGCCAAUCAAGGGGAUGAAUCAUUGAAACUAGAAUGUGUGCUUAAUGGUUCCAGUGAGCCUAUGAUGACUGCACCUGCAGCAGAGGAGUCAGCUUCUUCUUCAACAGCAAAGGAGACAUUAGGAGAAAAAUAACAUUGUCUUUUUUUUUCUGUUUGAGAUUAGUUUAAUGGGAUCAUAAUGUUUAAUAAAUAAUUAAAUAUUCUUUUUAAAUCUUCACAAAAAACAGGGUAAAGUGAAGGCUGAGACCAAACUGGACCAACCUGUUGCCACAUUUCCAUUAUAUAUAUAUAUAUAUAUAUAUAUAUAUAUAUAUAUAUAUAUAUAUAUAUAUAUAUAUAUAUAUAUAUAUAUAUAUAUAUAUAUAUAUAUAUAUAUAUAUAUAUAUAUAUAUAUACAGUAUAUAUAUGUGUGUGUGUUUAUGUGUAUGUAUGCACACACACACAUUAAUACCAUUUAUAGUGUUCUGGAUUCAUUCCAUGGAAAUAGAGUGCUGUAAGAGGUCAUUAUAACAUUGUUCUAUUGGAGAUGUGUUCCAAGCAGCGCCAUUUGGGUAUUGAUAAUAACACUAAUAAUGAUUUUGCAAACAUGAUAAAAUAUAAAAUAUAUUUUAUAACUAAGUGAAUUAGUUUUUAAUGAUAAAAAAAAAAUUACUGUCCUCACCAGUGGUUUUGGUUGGAGCUUGCCUGCAUUUACCACCAUCUGCCGUCACUCCUACGCCUCCUACAGGGCAGAAAUGGGAGACAAGAUGGGUGGAGCUACUGUUGGAAGGAUGAACCAGGUUGUGGCUCAUCCUUGGAAACUGCUGGCCUCUUGAAGUAGGCAUUUAAGGUAGACUGCCUUGCCCACCACUUCACCCUCAGUAUUUCCUGGGAGCAAAAGGUGCCUGCCAGAAUACUUCUCUUAACAGCACUGUUGUGUACUUAGUCAGGGUCAUUGUUUGAAAACAUAUUGAGGUCCUGAUUAAUCUUGGUGAUGGCCUCUGACCUGACACAGGGAUAGGGUCCAGUUCCUUGAUGGAGUUUCCUUGGCAUUGUCUUCCUUCUCCCACAAUAUUCUGUUUUUCUAGCUGCUCUAGCACUUCAUUAGCAAAGGUCUCUCCAUAUGGUUACAGCAACUUCUCCACAUUGUUUGUAUCAACUUCAUCUUGCCCUUUUUGGUUGGCAGUUGUAUAAUAUCACUUGUAAUGGUAGGUACAGCAUCCUCAAACCCAUGGGAGUCACGACAUGUCUCUGGCCAUAACAUGUGCCACACACUGGUCAUGCAGCUACUGGUAACUUCCAUCCAUGAAGCCUGAUGUUUUUAAUUGUCUUCAUUAUGCUGGAGAACUUCCCAAAAUCCCUGAUUGACUGAUCUUGGCUAUCUGUAAAGUCCACCAGCUGCUUGAAUGUGUGCCUUGGGUAAUAAGCUCUGAAGUUAGCUAUGACGCCCUGGUCUAUUGGUUGCAGUACGGAGGUAGUGUUGGGUGGAAGGAAAAGCAUUUCCACUAACAUCGAAGUGUGUAGUAUCGAGGUUUUCUAGGUGACCUAAAGCAUUGUAAAGUAGCAGCAGUACUAUGGGCUACAAGUUUUUUUCCUCACAAUGCUGCUUCUCCACAGGACAGAUACUUGACACAAACCUACGUUGAAAGAUGUCAGCUGUAACCCGUGCCUUUCUGAGUGCACAGCUCAAGAUGAAACAGGAGAGCGCUGCGUGUGUUUUGUUCUCGCACAUAUCUUUUGAAUAAUUUCUAUAUUAUAUAUACUGUACUGUACUGUAUAUAUAAAGAAGAUGUCUUAGACAAAAAACACUGUAACAAAAGGGCGUUUGAAGAGGUGCUGCUAUACGAAAUGUGAUUUCAUUUACAGGUGGACCCUGCUUAGUGCUGGAGUUAGAAUCUUUGAAAGGGAGCACUAACUGUAUCACCCACCACUAAAAAGUGUUUUUAUUCGUACACUUGUUACACUUACUUAAAAUAGCAUAUUUGGUGUUGAUUUGGGUACAGGCUAACACAUCAUUAGACUUUAUUCAACAAGUUGAAUACAACUUUUAACAUAUCCCAUCUAUCCAGCCAUCAACUGGUGAAGUCGAGGUGGGGGGAGGCCACUUGGGGACUUGAUAUGGCAACUACUUCUCCAUUAUGAAAAAGGAGUAGAAGGGGCAGCCUAUAAUGAUGGAGGUGGUGGUGAUGAGUGAGAUUGUGAUAAAGAGUUGAGGGAGAUGAUGUGCAAGUUACUUAUGGCAACUGCUGCAGUGCUAGGUGCUAGUGAUCAGCUCGUGUCUACAACCCCAAUUUAUCAAUGUCAACUGGUUUUUUUUCACUGUCAAUAAACAAAUUUACUGUACAUCUACACCAUAAUAAUACUUACUAUAGAAUGAUUAAACAAUGACAACAUGCAGUAAGAAAGAAAACUGUCUUGUUUCUAUGGCAGUCUGAGUCAGACAUCCUGCUGCCGCCACCUACCCUCACACACAUACACUCUUAAGGCCUUUAUAUCUCCACUAUAAAUUUUUUGGUUUGCAUGCAUGAAUUAAAUGUACUGUACUGUAUAUAUACAGUAUAAUAUCAUACAGUCAUGUUACUAUAAAGGCAAUUUAAAAUAACAUGCUGAAGAAAGAAGUGCAUCUAUCUAGCCAAAUCACUGCUGAUGCAGCCCAGCCAUCUACAUGCAUGCACAAACUUACAUCUUACACCUGCCCUCUCCAUAAUCAGAUAUUUUUAUUGACACCCAACCCCCUCCCACACACGUCAGAUGUUCACAAUGAAAAUUAUUCAAUAAAGUUAGAUGGGUACUUUGCAAACAUAUCACAGCACCAGUGGGAGAUGAUGUUGAGUAGGUAGGUUAUUGAUGUGGUUCUUCUUAGCAUACUUUUUUUUUUAUGGCUUUACCUUGCUCUUCCUCUCUCAUGGCAAUUCUCCUGACAUUGGUGCUACGCUCCCAAUCUGAAUCCUUUUGAAAAAAAAAAAUUCCAUUAUCUUUGUGAUUUUUGCAAUGCUUUCACUCAGUAAUGCUGUACCAUAGUGAGAUUUCUCUCUGGUGGAUCUUUUCUUCAACACUGCUGGCUUCCUCCUCAAUUUGUUGUGUUAACUCUUGCAGACCUUUGUUAGUUAGUCUUUCCUCUAUGAGACUGAAGUGACUCUAACACAUCAUCAGCAUCCACUUCCACUAGCCCUGCAUGGUUGACCAGCCUCACUAUGUCUUUGGUGAUAGAAGCUCACUCGCUCCUCGAACCUAAGAAAGUCAUUGCAUACUUCUGGCUGUAGCUUCUAGUGGGUACUGUUCAUAUUAUUGCUGGAGACUUCCUUCCAGGCUGAUUUGAUGUUACUGAUGGCCUUCAUGAUAUGAUAUCCCUUCCAGAAGUCUUUGAUUGUCUGUUUGUUGUCAUCUGUUUCAUCAUUCAGCUGCUGGAAGGAGUAACAAAGGUAGAAAGCCUUGAAAUUUGAGAUCACUAUUUGAUCCAUCGGCUGGAGAAGUAAAGUUGUGUUAGGUGGAAUGUAAAUCACUUCCACAGUUAUGCAGGUCUUAAGACUUUCAAGGUUGCCUGGUUGGCAUGGUGUGUUAUCAACCACCAUUAGUGCUCAAGGUUCAAAUUUGUUCACAAAGUAACACUUCACGGCUGGCCAAAAAUAUAUAACAUAUCAGUUCUGGGUUAUCUCGAUGUCACCCAGACCUUUUUGAUUGAUCUACACACUAUAGGAAGAUGGUCCUUUGAAAAUCCUUUCAUCCACCUUGGUGUAUAUGAGUAGUGGACAAGCAGAGGUUAAAUUUUUUUUUUUUUUUUAUUUAAUCAGUUGUUUACAU